CUUUGCUUAAACAACAACGCAUAAAGUCAGAAGGUCUGUUAUGUUUCUUCUGUCUAAUAAGCAUAGUUUGGUAUCAACCAGUCAAAUUGUGCAUUGACCUUACAAAGAUCCCAAAAGUUCCUCCAAGAGAGACUGACUGAAGUUCUGGGCAACUGAAGAAAACAAAGGGGUUAAAAUGUCAUCUCAAGUUGAUGAAUGGAUGAAGAGAGUUGAAGGUGGGAAGCUAAGCAUGUUGAUUACAAGUUGGUGGGUAGAAAUUAAUGAGUCAGUUGUGUGGCAAGAUGCCAUCUUUUUCACUCUUUCUGCUCUUUUUGCCCUUGUCUCUUCUGUUGCUCUGGUCCAGUUGAUAAGAAUUGAGCUGAGGGUUCCACAAUAUAGAUGGACUUUACAGAAGGUCUUUCAUCUUAUGAACUUCAUUGUAAAUGCAGUUCGAGCAAUUGUAUUCGGCUUGCACAAGCAAGUAUUCAUUUUGAGUCCCAGGGUGCUAAUGUUGGUGCUGUUGGAUCUUCCUGGACUUCUAUUUUUCUCCACAUACUCUCUGCUUGUCCUUUUUUGGGCAGAAAUCUAUCAUCAGGCUAGAUAUUUACCAGCAGACAAACUGAAGCUUGUUUAUAUAUUGCUCAAUGCCGGAAUUUACUUCAUACAGGUUUGCAUUUGGAUAUUUCUCUGGCUCGAUGACAAUAGAACAAUGGAAAUCAUCGGGAGGAUCUUUAUAGCAGUUGUCUCAUGUGCUGCCGCAAUCAGUUUUUUGGUCUAUGGACGACGAUUAUUUGAAUUGCUGAGACAGUUUCCAAUUGAAUCCAAGGGAAGAAGGAAGAAGUUGUAUGAGGUUGGAUCAGUUGCAGCUGUAUGUUUCACCAUCUUUCUUAUAAGAUGUAUUGUGGUACUCGUGUCUGCAUUCGAUGAUGAUGCUUCCCUCGAUGUGUUGGAUCAUCCAGUUUUGGACCUUUUAUAUUACAUGCUUGUAGAAAUUUUACCUUCGGCACUGGUCCUCUUCAUCUUGCGGAAGUUGCCUCCAAAAAGAAUUUCAGGCAUAUAUCACCCUAUAUGUUAGUCCAGGCACAUGUUCAACCUCUUGACACUCAUAUUUGGAAGCAAUUAUCCUCCAGUGUAACACUAAAAGCAACAUUAGGCUUUGAAAAUAUGGACAAGGUUGAUUUCCACAAUUAUUGAUCUAGCUUGUCCUAUGGCAGCGUUUUGCUGCCAGAACGGAUUUUUUGGACUUUGAGCGCUCAUGGCAUUGUUUUUGGCUGCAAGUUGGUAUGGAGUAUGGGGUUCAGAGGAUUGUUACUUGUUGAGAGUGAUUGUUUUUGUUUUAUAUAUAUUUAUGUAUAUUCUGUUUUGAUUGGUAA